AUGGACGAGGUAAAUAUUACCUACAUAACGCUAACUGGUUAUGUAGAAAUGAACAAGCUGAAGUAUUUGUAUUUUACUGUGAUUUUGAUGGUUUAUAUUUUAACAUUCUUCAGUAAUGGAACUAUCGUUUAUAUUAUCUGUUUUCACAAAAACCUCCAUGAACCGAUGUACAUCUUCAUUGCUGCUUUGCUAUUUAACUCUUUUGUUUACAGCACGACUGUUUACCCAAAGCUUAUGAUCGACUUUUUAUCUGAAAGGCAGAUCAUAAACUAUUCUGCCUGCAUUUUUCAGUUAUUUAUUUUUUAUUCUGUAGCUGGUACUGAAUUCUUCCUGUUAGCAGUCAUGGCUCUUGACAGAUACGUGUCAAUAUGUAAACCUCUCAGGUAUCCGACUAUCAUGAGAAAACCUACGGUGACAUCUCUCCUGGUUCUGGCCUGGGUUGUGCCCUCCUGUUACCUUGAAGGAGAAGCAAUACUGAUCAGCAAAGUUCAAUUAUGUCGUUCAGAUUUGGAUGGAAUAUUCUGUAACAAUGGCAUUUUUGCCCUUCACUGUGCAAAAUCCAGACCACUUACAAUAUUUGGGAUUGUUUCAUUGAUAAGUCUUGUAAUGAUUCCUGUGCUGUUCACAAUUUUUACAUAUGCAAAGAUUUUAAUUACCUGUUAUAAAAGUUCAAAAGCAUUUAGAAGAAAGGCUGCUGAGACGUGUGUGCCUCAUCUGCUGGUUUUAAUCAACUUCACCUAUUUGUCUACAUACGAAGUGGUCAUAGCUCGAGUGGAGUCAGAUUUUCCUAAAUCUGCUCGCUUCAUCAUGACAAUGCAGUUACUCGUGUUUCAACCUUUGUUUAAUCCAUUUAUAUAUGGCCUGAAAAUGAAGGAAAUCUCUAAACGUUUAAAAAUUUUGCUCUCUUUCUCCAAACUCUAA